CCUGAUUAAAGAUAUGUUUAGCAAGACAUGCGCCGACAUUGUACAGCACGUCAAAAAACUACUUCAGAACUCUGUAACAAUGGGUACCAGUACAUUCUUGAUGGUCGGCGGGUUCUCGGAAUCGCCGAUGCUGCAAGACGCCAUCAAGAAAGGAUUCCCCGACAAGAAGGUCGUCGUGCCACCGGAUGCGGGACUGACGGUUCUCAAAGAAGCGGUCAUCUUCGGGCAUAACAGCAAAAUGAUCGUGUCACGUAUUGCCAAAUACACGUACGGUAUAAAAUGCUAUUUACCGUUCGACCCAUCAAAACACCCAGAACAAAGAAAAUUUAAACUUGAUGGCAUAUAUCAGGUGCGAGGUUGUUUUAGUAAGCUUGUGGAGGUAGGACAGUCAGUUUCUCCUGAUAAACCUGUUGGGACUAAAACUUAUCUUCCACAUGAAAAUCGUAGCGGUUUCACUAUUAAACUGUUUGCGUCCCCAAAGACAGACCCCUUGUUUGUUGACGAGGAGGGGUCAUUUCCAAUCGGCGAAGUGGGUGUUGAUUGUCAAGAUGACAGGGGAAAGAUCAGCUCGGCCGAUGUUUCCCUGAUCUUUGGUGGGACUGAGCUUGAGGUGAAAGCAGUUCAUACGAAAACGGACAGAGAAACGAAAGCUAAAUUUGACUUCUUAGGAUAG